CUCCCACUUACUUCCAAGCGCCUAUAUGAGGGAAUCCGCCUGAAGUUUGAAAAGCUGGGCGGGAGGACGGCGAAGGUGACAGGAUGGCUGAAGAUGCUGGGCUCACUAAAUUAAGCUUUGAGUUUUGGCUGCACAAGACUCUUAAGUGGGGUCAGAGCACCACUUUGGAAUCUCAGCAAGAUGUCUGCCUUCACUUGCCUGAAUUGCAGGAAUUUCUAUUGCAGAUUUAUGGAGCUUUGAAACAUAUGAACUGUAAGACUGCAGUCCAACAGUUUCCAUUGAUUGGCCAGUUAUUGGGAAGACUUUGUUGGAAUCCCCUUGUCGUUGGCUAUGAUGAAUGCCAGAAGAUUCUAAUGUGGUGCUUAUGUUGUCUGUACAGUGGUGAACCACAGAGCCCAGUGGAAUUGAAGGCCAACAGCUGGAUACAAAGCUCAUUGUGCCAUUUGUUGUCAGUUUCUGGACUGGGAAGUCAUAACACGGAUUUAAACAGCUUUAUUUCUACUCUUGGAUACACUUCUGCAGAUUACAAUUCGAAACUCCUUGAAAAUGUAGUCAUAUUUUUGGUGACAGAACUCAGAAACCAAUGUAAUCAAUUCAACAGUCAACAAAGUAUUUCUUCUCGAAUAACAUCCAUGUCCCUCCUCUGCAUGCCUCUCAUCACUUUGCCUGAUGUCAUACCAUUGGUUGAAGCCCUUCUUAGUUACCAUGAUAGUGGAUCACAAGAAGUCCUCCAUUCUACAUUUUUAGAAGCUGUGAAUGAGGCCUUGUUACAAAAAAAGAUUUCAUUAUCAGAAUCUGCUGUAGAGCAGUUAUGGCUUCGCCAUCUUCCUAGUCUGGAAAAAGCAGUGCUCCAGACUCUUGGAAAUUUAAUCUCUAGUCAGCCAUGUUCAAUGCAAGAAAUGGCAUGUCUGAUAAAAGAUUCCUUACUGGAUCGUGCUAUAUGUCAUCCAGCUAUCUUCAGAACAGCUGAUGAAAUUUUGAAGAAUGCACUGCUGGAAACUGAUGGAGCACCAGAAGUAAUGACUGUAAUGCAGGUGUUUACACAGUGCUUUGUUCAGGCUUACCAUGAGAAUAACAAGCAGCAUAAGUUUCCGUUGAAGGCCUACUUUCCUCAAAAUCCGCGUUCACUUGUGAUGGCUCUUUUUAAAGAUCCAACAGACAUAUCAGCUAAAGGCUUGCAUCAGCAUUUGAACCACAUUGCUGAAAUACUCAAAACAACAGUAGAAGCUAAGGGCGCCAGGUCUUGUGGCAACCUCUUUCAGAACUGGUUUUUGUUCGUACAUUUUGGAGAAUGGGUCGAUAUCGCAGCAGAGCAGUUGGUGGUGUCACAAUGUGAAUCCUCAGGUGCUUUGCUGUGGCUUUUGGUAUUUUACUAUGAACCAAGUGAUGAGAAUCAGCGGAGGACUCAAACAAUGAGAGAAGCAAAGUCUGCUUGCGAUCACCUGACAACCCUCUCAAGAGCUUCAACCAUUUCAGUCCCAGAACUGCAGGCUGUAGUUAGUAGCCAAACAGAUGCAAGACGUCCUGGUACCAAACACCUGGUCAGGCAUCUGAUUGUCAGCUUUCUGCUCUUUACCCCUGGUGGACACACGAUAGCCAGAGAAUUCAUUGAUGGUUUUGCGGUUGGAAGCAGUGAAAUCCUGGAAGUUAUUGGCCUUCUUACCUGUGUUUCAAAUAGAGUGAGCCAGGAUGGAGUGAAAUAUCAGAGAACUAUCAAGCUGGCAAAUGAUCUUAUCCAGAGACUAAAAAGUGGACGUACAUUUUUACAGUAAUGUUUAAUUUGGCCCAGUCAUCAGACUCAUGAAUAGAAGAAAGAGAGACAGCAGUAAGUCUUUUUUCAUGAUCAUUUUCUUCCUCCAAAUUUGAAAGAGAUCUGUGUUCAAUAUUUGUGGGAAAUGUUAAAUCAAUUAUAAACAAGGUUGUAAAUGUUAUUAAUGAUUGCAUAUAAUGGCUGCAAUCCAGCAUUGCCUAAGUGUAUUGUAAAUAUCUGCAUGUGGACCUGCAUUAUCCUACGCCACAUAACUUCUCCUCCAGAUUUACUGAAAAACCUUUAAUGACACCCUGCCAGCCAUUUCAUGGUUUCUGGUGAGCAGGAAGGAUUGAAGAAGGAUCUGGCUAUGCCAUCAUAGCCACCUGCAAAAUGAUCACAGUGUUACUGAGACCCUUGGAGACUUGCAUCAGAGUUUUGCAUCUGGAUAAAGGGCCAUAGCCAGAUGCGUCUUUGAUUCUGCCGGCUCACCACGAAGCACAAAAUGGUCGUGCAGGGAGGCUUCAGAGAUGUUUGAGUAAGGUUGGGGGCUUUGGGCACUGGGGAAAGAGGGAGGGAAUACCAACUUCCAAAGCGCUCAAAAAGUACAUCCACUUGUGUAUAGCAAUUUACAUGUGCAUAUGUCCCGAACAGAAUGCCACGGAUCACUGACUGCUAUUUUUCAAGUCACACACAGAGUAGGAUGUGCUUAUAGUCACAAAGUACGUUUGCUUCACGCAAUUCAAGAUGCACAAAUUGUAAUUGUAUUGAAGUAUUUUCCUUUUGUAUCUUAAAUGCUAAUAAAUCUGAGGUGCCCUUAGGGUUUAUUGGAA